AUGGUGGAGACUCGGGAGUGUUUUCCUUUUGGUUGUUUAUUGAAAUAUCUGUUUACUUUGCUAGGAUUGAUAUUGUUCCUGCUGGAUAUAGUGCUGGACAUUGGGACUGUUGUGUCAUUCUAUCAGGAUGGGGCCUAUGUGUAUAUGGCAGUGAUGAUCGUCCUGCUGCUGGGCUCUUCGGUGUUGUUACAGGUGUUCAGCUGGCUCUGGUACUCUGAUUCUCUGGAGAAGAUUAAGAGUAAGGUGGAGAAAUUUGCAGACCGGCAUUUAUUGAUCAAACCAUUCCACUUCCUGCAGCUCGGCGUCUACCUCAGGUAUGCGGGGGUGAUAGAGAUCUCCACAACGGAUUUUCUUCAUCGCAUUAAUAAUUUCAGAAAGGGUGUGUGGCAUAGUAUCAGAGACGAUGUGGCUGUGAAACUGAAACAUGAUUUUCUGAUGCUUCGUCUGUUUGAGGCGUUUUCUGAAAACACCCCACAACUCACUCUCAUUUUGUCUAGAAUCCUACAGAGAGGAGAGCUGGAGCUUAUUACAGGUUUAAAGAUCCUCACAUCAGCUGCUGGGAUUGCCUUUAGCGUUACCUUGUACCACCGCAGCAUGCAUGUCUACAGUUCUCAAGGACGCAAGAUGAGUUGGAUCUCCACUGGUGUCUACUUCCUGUGGAACUUGUUGCUGAUCAUUCCCCGUGUAACUGCUCUGGCACUCUUCUGCAGUGUAUUGCCAUGCUACAUCAUAGCUCACUUCCUGUCCCUGUGGAUGCUGCUGGUUUUCGUGGCCUGGAGCCAGAAAACAGAUCAUAUGAAAAGUCCUGGUUGGGAAUGGCUCUUCAGAGCUGCUGUUGGACUCAUCUGGUACUUCAGCUGGUUUAAUGUAUCAAAAAAAGGAAGCAUAAAAGUAAAGAUGGUUCUGUAUUAUAUUUUCAUGGCUUUGGACACAAUGAUGCUGCUGGGCUUCUGGUGCAGGAAGGUUUUUGAGUAUGCAGGCUGCUGGAGCUCCUUAAACCCUUGUAUAGUGAUCCCGACACUACUAGGUUUGUACGUCAUUGGAAUACUAGUGCAAAUGAUAUACUACAGAACAUUUCAUCCCAAAAUAGCUGAACCCAUCUCAUCCCUGGAAGAUAUAGCUGCAGCUCCUGCGCAGCCUCUCACUGGAGUCCUCAAGAGGAGCAGGACCAUGGCUGAUAAUUUCUACUUCUAGUACUUGGUUGAACUUUUUGAAGA